UUCUGUCUUCCAGUUGGCAGAGGCCCUCUCCAGAUGUUCCUACAGUAUCACAGAGACCCAGAUGAGCCUGAGCAACCUGAGCUCUGAGCUGGUGAAGAACCGGGAUCAGGUACAUGCGGACAGAAGAAUGCUACUACGGCAUCCAGCAGAUUCAGUGUUGUUUGGACAAGAUGAACCUCAUCUACAAACAGUUCAAGAAAUCCAGAAUGAGGCCAGGGCUUGGCUACAACGAGGAGCAGAUUCACAAGCUGGAUAAAGUGAAUUUUAGUCAUUUAGCCAAAAGGCUCCUGAAGGUAUUCCAGGAGAAGUGUGUGCAGAAGUAUCAGACAUGCCUGGUCACGCACGGCAGGUGGAUGAGGAAGGUGCACGAGACCAGGAACCAUUUGCGCAUGGUCGGCUGUUCUGUGGCUGCCUAUAACACGGAAGCCCAGGGAGCCCAGGAGAGCCUCAGCAAGAUCCUUGACUGGUUAUGUCACCAGCUCCUUCAGGACAGAACAAAGGACGCUCAGGUCUCACCACCCCCGACAGCCACCUAUCCCAGCCCUGCACUGACGGACCUGGUUCUCCACAUGCAAGAGCUCUGUAAGGAGAUGAAGCUGCUGGCCUUCGACCUUCAGGACAACAAUCGCAUCAUUGAAGGGUUAAGUAGGCCCCCGCCGGCUCCUGACUCCUGAUCUCUGAGCUCCGUGGGGUGCCCGACAUCCGGAAGCAUUAGAACCAUCACGGAUGCUGUCUGGUCCCCUCUCAUCAGCCUACCUCCCUCCUGGCCGACAGCUGGGAGCCAUCACCAGCAUUACCUUCCAUUGCCUCCCCGCCUGAAGCAGCACGGCAGGACCUGGGGAGGGCCGUCGCUGUCAGGACCCCCUGCCUGGGCUGCCCUUGGCGUCUCCCGCAGGCUCAGGCACAUCUCCUCGGUCGCCCUGGCCUGUAGAGCUAAAGCUGGGGAGAAGAGGCUCUGAUCGGCCCGCCCACCCCCCUCCUCUGGGUUACAGGGCUUCGCUUCUCAGGGAACAGAAGAGGAGGCCUCUGGGGGUUUCCCUAGGAUGCUGGGUCAAACAACCUCAUUUCGGUCUUCCUUCCUCUUAAGGGGUUUCACGUUGAACAUACAGCCCUGCCCUCUCCUGUGAUUUCUGAGGGUCCCCGCUCUUGGCCCCAGGCAUGACAGAGCCUGAUUUUCCCUCGACUCUUGGUCUGGCAGAGCCUGGCAGAGUUGAGAGAAUGGGUGGUCCAGGCCAGGUGCUAGAGCCGCGGGCACCUCGCCUUCCUCUCUCCCUGAGGCACGGCCAGGCUCUGGGAGAUGCAGCCAGCCGCGGUCACCGGUGAGCACAGGCCUGUAAGUCCAGAUAAGAGGCCUGCGCCUUCGAGAAGUAGAAUAAACAGGGCCGUCUUUUCUA